AGCCAUUUUUUCAAGAAUUCGUUUGAUGACUUAGUAGGACAUGGAAGAUGCAGAGCAGCCAAGACAAAAGAGAGCUUGGAAUACAGGCACCUUGUUGGAGAAUCUGGGGGCGCCGAUGCUGGACAGCAGGGGCAAGGUGCCCACGGAGGAGUGCUCCAAGGUGCCGGCCACGCAGGGAACCACCACUUCUGCCACCUCAUCGAUGUCAAAGACAUGCAAAGCACUCACAGUGGUGACGUUCUACACGGAGGGGCCACCGCAGGAUGAUUGCAUGCCCUUGGUGGCCGCGGUAGGGCAGCUCCAAGAGCUCUUGGCGCCGCUCGGCGGUGAGGUUGAACUGCUGAGAUACACACCUCGCAGCCUAGCGGACGAUGAGUUCUACAGGAAUCAUUGCUGCCCGCCAAAGAGGCGCAGCAAAACUGAACCCUAUAUGGAGUUGCUGCCGCACGCUCACAAGUUGGGAUACUAUGCGUGGAAACCCUUGGUGAUCUGCAAAGCGCUAUCACAGGUUGAGCCUGGUUCUAUGCUUUUGUUCAUGGAUGCCAAUUUGCAGAAGUAUCAGGACUACCAAGAAGGCUUGCAUGAUUUGCUGAAGACCUGUCGCAAGCUGUUGGAGCGAACGGACUUCUUCGUGCCCUUGGAAGAUCCCAUGUGGAAGCGAAUUCAGAAUCAUUCCAAGUCCUUGACACUGGAGCUCAUGGAUGCAUGCACUUACAACAUUGCUUUUGCACCCUGUAUUUGUGUGAAUCGAAUUCUGAUGCGGCGCACAGCCAUGGUUGAGCGAUUGGUUCAUGAAUGGCUUCAUUGGUGUGGGCAGAGCCAGGUGAUUUGCCCACUUCCAAAUCCCAAGCCGCAUCCGCUUUGCCUUUUUCAUACUCCGGAACAAGCGAUCUUGGCCAUCCUGGUCCGAAAGCGUGUUUUGCAGAAGGAGUUUCCUUCUGGUUGGCCAUUCUACAGUUAUGCUCCAGACUCUCGCGUCUUUCACCUGGACUUUCUUGAAGAUUGGCCAAUGACAUUCUUGAUGAGAUGUUAUCGUCGGCUGACCGCUGCAAUCUUCUUCGUGAAGCAUGCAGUCAUGGCCUUUCGAUAUCCCAUUGAUCAUCCAUUCUGGAAGCAGUUUGAGCGAGCUACGCCAGUCUAUUUGCUGAAGUUUGCUUUCCGUGGCUUUCUGAUGUCCUUGAUGCCCUUGCCGAAGGACCCAUAAGCGAUGAUAGAUUAGCCACGAGCCCGCUUCUCCCUCUC